CUUGUGUGGGGUGUGGACUUAUUGGCAAGGUUAACAGCCCGAGUAUAAAAUAGGUCGGUUGCAACUGCAAUAAUCACAGUCCAGAAAAACAGUGAUUGAACAACAAAAUGUACGCCCUGACUGCUAUCACCCUUAUCGGCGCUCUCGCCUUUGCCCAUGCUGGUGGCAUCGGUGUAGGUUUGGCUGGAAGCAUUGACAGUGCAGCCACCCUCAUUGGCCCAUCUGGUACCGUAUCCAGAUCAGGACUUGCAGCUGUUGGCCCAAUUGCUGGACCCGGAGCUAUCAUUGCUGGAGCCGCCCCUGGAGUUAUCUCCGCUGGUGGAAUUGGUUUGGGAGUCGGUGGUUUGGGAGUCGGUGGUUUGGGAGUCGGUUUAGGAUUGGGCGGAUUAGGUUUGAACGGUUUGGGUUUGGCCGGAAACCAAUUGGCCGUUAAAGCUCUGGGACUCGAAGGAUCUGGCAUCGAAGGUCAAUGGAUUCCAGACAUCAACGAACAAUUGCACGAUGACGGUAGCUGGAGGCCCGAUGUCCAUGGAUAAGAAGCCUGUGUAGGAUAUCCAAUUCUAUUAUUUACGACUGAUAAAUCAUUCAAAUCAAUGCUGUGUACCUCAUUUUAUUGUCAAAAUAAAAAAAAUUAAUUGAUAUUAUCUG